UGAAAGCUAAGAUUUUGUGGUCCAGAGCUAAGCUCCAGACCUGGUUUCCUGAAAAAGAGGGCCUGUCAUAUGCUGAUUUUUCUGGGAUACUGCACUGGAAAUUGAGGCAGCACCUAUUGGUGGGGAAACACACACACACACACACACACACACACACACACACACACACACACACUGCUUGACAUCAGAAGACCCGGAGAUUGGAAGGAACCCAACUCAACUAGAAUCUUUCUCUGCAGGACCAGACAAUACGCAAUCUGAAACAUGUCCUCCAUGUUUGAGAAUAUCAGUAAGAAUUUGGUCAAAGAGCUCGGAGACAAAGACCUGACACCUGUGAAACACCUGCUGAACGCCAACAAAUUCCGUCAGUUUGCAAUUUUACGGAAGAAAAAGAAGACUCUCUCACAGUUCUGGGAACUACCUGAUAUUCCAGUAGAAUACACCCUCAUGGACAUCCUGGAGCCAAGUUCUUCAGUCCCAGAAACUGUUAUCAAGGGACCAUUCAUCUUCAGUGACACCAUGUUCCGGAAGUACAAGGCUUCUGCAGGUGUGACUGCCAUGCUAGAAACGAAUGUGUCAGGGGAAGCUACUAAGUGCCAUGAAACCUUCCUCCAGUUUCACGCUGUUACCUUCCCACCCCAAAACUGGAAAGACCUUCUAAAGAGGAAAGUGUUGGAUCAGGAGCUGCUGUUUCUGAGGAAGUGCCGGGGCAGAGAUGACAAUCUCUAUGUGGUGACAGAGGCCGUGGAACUGAUCAACAGCACUGUGCUGCAUGACAGCAGCAGUGUGAACGUUUUGGGAAAAUGCUUUAUCCCUUGGAUGACUUCUGUCAAGGGUCAAGGCCAGGGAGAGGGUCUCAAAGUGAGAGAGAAGAUGUUGACUCUGCCAGAGGGCACCGUGAUCGCCUAUAAGAAGAAGCAGCUGAUUUUCGAGAACAAUGGCUGGGAUAUCCUCAUCUCAGAUGACGACACGCAGAAAACCUUUCCAGAAGAGAGAAUGCUACGAAUGAUGACGACAUCAAUUGCUGUGAACAAUGGUCCCCUGUACCCAAUGAGUAUAUCUGAUGUAAGGAAGCCUCUGGAUCUUGUGCUGCACUCACCUGGAAGAAUACAGAGAGUCCUUUGGCAAGAUUUCAAGCAACUACAUGAGGAGAUUUUCCAGGAAAUGGAGGCCUUGGCCCAGCUCUCAAAGGACACUCAGGAUUCUAUAUUCCAUACUAUCCUGAACAUGCUUGGGAACCGAGAGGCUCUGCAGGACCUCACGGACACGCUGGAUGGGAGCCCCUUAGAUCUUUUGGAUGACUUUGGGGGCACAAUCCUAAAUGAGAUGCAACCGGACACAAGAGACCUAUGGAUCCAGGCAAGAUUCCACAUCAUCUACCUCCUUGAAGUCAUAAUGGUGUUGAGUGACACCCAACAUGAUCUGCUGGCCCAGUCCAUGGAAAAGAGGAUCCUGCUCCAGCAGCAGAAGCUGGUAAGGAGCAUCCUGGAGCCCAACUUCAAAUAUUGCUGGGACAUCCCCUUUACCCUCAAACCCGAGCUCCUUGCCCCACUCCAGGGUGAGGAUUUGGCCAUCACCUAUGGCCUCCUGGAGGAGUGUGGGCUGAAAAUGGAACUGAAUAGCCCCAGGUCAACCUGGGAUCUGGAAACCAAGCAGCCCCUGUCUGCCCUGUAUGGGACCCUGUCAUUGCUGAAGCAGCUGGCAGGCAGUCCAGAGAGGCCUGGCCCCACUCCAGUCUAUGCUGAGAGUGUCCCUGAUGAGCUCAGGGGGGGUCUAGGGCCACCACGUCUGCCGUUCUAGGCAGGAUGGAGCCAGGGAUCGGUGGAAACUUGAGAGAAUGUUCUGAGGUGAUAGAAAUAUCUGUAUCUUGAUAAAGGUUUAUGCAAUUGUCAAAACUCAUCGAAUAGUAUCUAAAGAUGCGAGCCUGGGUGGUUCAUUGGAUGAGCAUCCGACUUUAGCUCACGUCAUGAUUUCACAGUUUGUGAGUUUAAGCCCUGCUAUGGGCUCUGUGCUGUCAGAGCCUGCUUGGGAUCCUUUGUACCCCUCUCUCUCUGCCCCUCUCCUGCUCAUGCUCUCUCAAAAAUAAAUAAACAUUAAAAAAAAUGUGAGCAUUUCACUAUAUAUAAAUGCUACUCCAAAACAACGUAAAAAUAUAUUUGCUCUAGUUAACAAUAUGCAUUCUGAAUUGUUUGGGGUGAGGUUAACUGAUAUCUGUAACUCACUUUGAAAUGCAUCAAAAAAUAAAAUAAUGAACAGAGAGACAGAUCAUCACCAAGAUUAGAUGGUAAAAUGUUAAAAAUGAGAGGGUUUUUUUCCAUUCUUAAAACAUUUUCUUAUGUCCAGAAUUGCUUCAAAAAAUUAACUCCCCAAAAUUUAUACCUCUGAAUUGAUCAUUAUGUGUGACUUUUCCAAAUUAUGCUUUUUGAGCUAUUUUUAAAGGAACAUUGAGGGACACCUGGGUGGCUCAGUCGGUUAAGCGUCCGACUUCAGCUCAGGUCAUGAUCUCACGGUCCGUGAGUUCGAGCCCCGCAUCAGGCUCUGUGCUGACAGCUCAGAGCUUGGAGCCUGUUUCAGAUUCUGUGUCUCCCUCUCUCUGACCCUCCCCCGUUCAUGCUCUGUCUCUCUCUGUCUCAAAAAUAAAUAAACGUUAAAAAAAAUUUUUUUUAAAUAAA